CCCACGAGCGAUUUAUUCAUUCGAGGAAACUCAUUCCUUCUCACCAUUACUCAUUUCCUUCCAAACUGGUUGAUAGGUAUCAUAUCUGCAGACAUUGCAUUGACCCUCGUGUCAACAAACCUGGGAACGUAAGCAAACUCUGGCAAGCAGAAUUGCACGAGAGAGACCAUGAAACGACGACGGCAAAGACAGGCUUGGCGCGACUCUUCUCCAUGCAGCCCUGGAAAAGAAGAAGAAGAAGUACCACUGCGCGAUACUAGUAAUUCUCUUUUUGUUGCCAAAGAACCGGUAAAACACACGCUGUACGACAAUCACCACCUGGCUGUUGUGAAGUUUUUCGAUUCAUGCGAGGGAACCACCAUGGCGGCAAACAGCGGUGACACAGCCGAUGCUACUUAUAAUGGGUCUGUAGAGCAAGAGACCGCAAUGAUGACGACCCUAUCGGCUGAACGCAGUGGCAGCAGCAGCAGUAAAAGACCUCCUCGAUCUUCUGUGAAAUCUUCCUUCUUCGUCUCCAAGCUUCCAUUGCGACGAGUACAUGUAGUGCUGCUGGUGACACUCCUCUGGAUGGGUGUAAUGACUCGAACUGCACAAGCACAAGGAUCGACGUCCUUUCCCUCUCUGGCACCUAGCAUCCACAGUACUACCAAUAACAGUGUCCCCACGCCCAAUCCGUCGCCACUCAUGUACGCGUGGGCAUUUGAUCAGAGCGAACGCCGCGAGACCCCUGUGCCUUCCGUCGCCCCAAGUCUGGCUGCCUCGUCCAUUGUCUACGACGACUUUGAUCAAUUCCCGCAGUGCAAUCGGACCACGCAAGAAAUGAUUGCCUUGGACGCCGAUGUGCAAGUGGAACCCUGCAUUCUCUUUGACAUUGCCCCGCAACGACUGCAGAUCAUUCCCUACCGUACCCAAAUCAUUACCAUUGUCCAAGUCACACCCGCCACGAGCUGUCGCGAUGCCAGGGAUGGCGCCACUACCAGUGUCGAAUUGCUCAAUCAACAGAAUGACGGACGAGGCAUUGCCAUUGGAUUUCAAAAAGAUUAUCACAUUCAAUUGCGAUUUGUUUCCCUCAUUGCCGGAAAUCCCGAUCAAAUGGGACGUGACUUGUACGGACUCCAUCAUGCCGCCGUUCUCACAUCGGCCAUUACUCAUUUGAAAGCCUCGUACAUUGUCGGAGCGUGCAGUUGGGUUUCGUCGUUUGAAAAGGAACCCGCGCUUUUGACCAACACCAUGGUGCUGUCGCAAGUCGGACCACCGGGAUUUUACAAGGACCAGAAUCCCUACGUCUUUGGCGUACACAUUAACAGUGACGAAUAUCCCAUUCCGGCUGUACGGGCACUGGGAUUCUCCGCCGUGGCGGCACCCAAAGAUAGUCCCCAAUCACUCAGUCAACAACCCGUCAUUGUCAUUUACCGCACGCACUCGGAAUUCUUUCGAUCCACCUGCGAAUCGGCCGUACGAACUGCCAAGGAAUUUGGAUUUACCAACGUUACCGAAGUCAUUUACGAUCCCGAAGGAGAUCACGACAACGAUGGCGUUUUUAAUCAAGUCGACGAGGACUUUUUGCGCGGCAUUGCCGAUGACACGUGUCCGCCGGGGUCGGGGGCGCACGGGGAUGCCUUUAAUCCGGCCAUUUUUGCCUGUUUCUUGGCCGAACAAGAUGUCGUUUUACGACGAUGGCAAGAAAAUGGAUGUCGACCCAUUUCUCUAUGGUUGACGGCGGCCACGUGGGGAUGGGCGGCCAUCAAUCCCACCGUGGUGCCCCACAUGCAAGGAGGAGGACAAUGGCACGAAGCAUUUCUGUAUUCCGAUCGAUUCUUUGAAUCGGGAAAGGAUGUGCUCGUGUAUAAUGAACAAAAGUUUGGAUAUUACGGGUCCUACGAUACAGUGGUCGCUUACGCGAUUCCCAUGAUUUUCGCACAGCACAUGGAAGCAUUCUACCGUGUGGUGGAUGAUCCAGAUCCGGAUGCGGACUUUUAUACCGAAGAAGGAUACGAACGGCUACGUCGAGCCAUGGUAGUCAUCAAUACGCAAACCAUUUUCGGACCUCUCGCAUACAAUGAAGAUCAGCGCAACAUUGGUCGAGGAGCUGCGGGGACUCAAUGGCAAAUGCAAUCGACGGGCGAAGACGGAGAAGAAGAAGAAUUGCGCAAUGUGCUAGUCUCGCCCGCCAACCAGGCCGAAGCCGUCAUCACUCUUCCAGCUCCCAGUGCCGUCAACUGUACUCCGGGAAAUUACGUGAAUGAGACAUUGGUUAUCACGGGUGAUGCCAUUUUGGGAGACAAAUGCGAGCAAUGUUCCGUAGACUCCUUCAUGGCGAUAUCCAAUCAACAACUUGAGUGUAUGGCAUGUCCAGAGGGGAGCACUACCGAUGGAAGCACGGGAGCGACGAAUUGCAUAGUGGAAAAUGACAACCUGCUUUCGCCGGGGACGCUGGCCUUUGGUUAUUUGGCGGCUACGACCACGUGGGUCCUCAGCCUUGGGUUUACCUACUGGAUUGUGAAACAUCGAAAGGAUCCCGUUGUCUUGCUGUCGCAGUUUGAAUUCUUGGUCUUGAUUUGCCUGGGGGCAAUCAUCUCAUCAUCCACCAUCUUUGCGUUGGGGGCACAAGCAGGGUCAGACGAAGACACCACUGCUGCCUCCCGAGCCUGCCAGGCGGCCCCGUUUUUGUACACAACUGGCUGGGUUCUCCAAUAUGCCUCUCUUUCGGCCAAAUCGAUACGACUGUACAAGAUUAUGACCCUUGGGAGACGCGUCAAGGUGACAGUUAUGGAGACAGCAUCCAUUGUAGCGGCAAUCUUGGCACUGGAUUGGAUUGUUGUCAUUGUGUGGACAAUUGCGCAUCCCCUUGAGUAUGUUCGCGAGGUGGUUAGCGUUGAGGUAGACGACGUGAAUCAUGUGACCACAAUCAACACUCGCGGGAGUUGUGCGAUGGUGGAUGGUCCAAGUAUCUGGGCCUUUGUCGGGCCGAUCAUUGGUAUCCACGCUGCAUUGAUGAUAGGAACAAACGUCAUCUUGUACUACAUUCGCACUAUGUCAGACCGAUAUCAGGAACAGAAAUAUGUUGCUCUUGCGUCAGUUUUUGUUUGUGAGGUGCUUGUUAUCGGUCUUCCAGUGGUGAUUUCGGUGAAUGAAGAUCCAGUUGCCGUAUUCAUUGUCCUGUCUGGAGUAAUUGCUUUGAACGACAUAGGUAUGCUGUGUUUUGUGUUCGUGCCUAAGAUCAAGUUCCGGCGAAAAGGAAUCCAAGAUGGAGUGAGCUUCGGAGAGACAAUCCUGAAAUCAACGCACAAGAAGGCUAAUGUACGAGAGAGCGUGAUCCGGAGCUCGUUUCAAGCGCCAUCGAUGUCGAAUUUGAACGUGUCGUCAGCUUCCGCCAAUCGUUCUUCAAAUGUUGACCUGUUGCCAUCUAUCAUUGACGGCGAUGAAGACGAAGAUGAAUCAGAAAAAAACGGACCUUCAGCGCUGGAACAGGCAGUGAGAGACGACUGGAAAAGGUCGCUGGUGGAGGACACUGACACAAGAACGCCGCCCACUGAGGACGACAACGACGAGGAUGAAGGGGAAAGGGGCGACAACAGCAGCAACGCUGAACCAAAUGACAAGUACGAGGAGGUGAAGUUGAGAAACUACACGCUCGAACUGGAAAUGGAAGAACUUCGAGGUAGAGAAAAGGCUCUGCGCAAACGAGUAAAGAAGCUAGAGGAACUGUUGGUGAAGAAGAAUGACCAGGAAUUGAACAGAAAUCGGGGGUCAAACAACUCAAGCAGGUUGUUAGAUCCGAGGAGAUCGCGGUCGAGGAACUCAAGCAGCAAGACCUUGCUGACAGGCAACCUUCUGAAAGCUAACGGUAGCAACCGAGAUGUCCUGCCAGUGAAGGAUUCCUGGUUGGAAAAUUCCCUGUCCUCGGUUUUAAAUGAUGAUGAGGACAAGAGCGAAUGAUGCUGUACAGCAGCUCCAGGGGAGCCAAAGAGCUCGAGGAGUAGUGUUGUUCAGGUUGGCUUUGGGCCAAGGUGAACACAAGGGCAGGGGCAAUCAGUGUUUCAAUUUCGCGGUGGAGCGUGUCUGGGCUCCAGGUAUA